AUGAUGUUCACAAUAAUAACAAGAAUAAGAUUCAUUUAUUGGUUAUCUUGUUUUCUACUACUUUUUAUCCUCGCAAUUCUUCUUAAUUUUAUCCGAUUAAAUUCUCCGAAAAUACAAAAUAUAACGCCACGAAUUCUAAAUGCAUGGAAUUUUGAGAAGAGUGGAACUAAUGAACAACACAACCUAACUGCUAAUAAUGGCAAAAACAAUUGGAUAACUACGACGUCAGAAAAACCUUUACUAUCAGAAAUCAAUAAACAUGCAUUGAGUUUUAUAAAUUCAAGAUUUAUUCAUCAAAAUGAAACACUAGAAACAACUAUUCAAUGUGUUGGUUCAUUAUAUAAUCAAUCUUGUUUGUAUCAUAAUUUGUAUUAUGUUAAUAAUGAAUUUAUGAUUUUAACAGUAAAAGGAAGAUAUUUGCCUACAUAUUCUGUACGAGCAGACGCUAUAGCAACGUGGCACAUAACACCUAACAAGCGUGUUUUUGAUUCAUAUUCUGAUCUUGAAAAAUUUGUUCGUACUAUUAUUGAUCCAAGGAUAAUUCCAUCUGUUACUCUUUAUUUUAGUCAACCUUGGCAUUUUAGUAUUGGUCAUGCACUUUUUGAUGGACUUUAUCCGGCAUAUGUUGCACUUAUUCGUUUUCCUCCAAGACAUCUUUAUUCUUUUCGCAUUCUUGCUGGAUUAGAAGACUGUAAUGAUUGUUGGAGCGAAGAUAUUUAUAGUCGUUUUGGUGGUCUUGGAAUUCUUAAACAAAGCGUUUUAGAUAAAAUGUCAAAAGAAAAUUGGUUUAUGUUUGAAGAACUGGUUAUGGGUAGUGGCACAAUGUGUGCACGUUGUACACAACCUAAUUUACAAUUACCUGGAGGUGUUGAAUUAGAUGCUUCAAGACUUUUUCGUGAUAGAAUGUAUCAACAACAUGGUGUUAUUCGUCCAGUUGUUCGACGAAAAUCUUCAUCUGAAAGGCGAACUUCUCAUGAUCUUCUUUUAGCAUAUAUUAUUGACAAUAAACGUUAUACCAAUGAUGAUCGAAAAGAAAUCACUGAUGCUAUAAAUGAAAUAAAUAAUUAUACUAAUUCUUAUUUGAAUAAAACUACAAGUAACACAACUAAAUUACAAUGGCCAUUAGUUCAUAUCUCUUAUCUUUUCUACGAUAAAGUUAGAGGUCAAAACCGUAAUUCCACUCAAAUAAAUCCAACUCCAAUGGAUUCUCGAUCUCCAAUAUAUGAAUUAAUUGAAAAUAAUUUCAUAGCUCAAUUAAAAAUUUUACGUCAAAUGGAUAUCCACAUUUCUGGACCAGGUACUGGACAAAUGUAUCAAACAUUUUUACCAGAUGGAUCUGUGCAUAUUAAUCUUGGAGGUAUAUUACAAGUGGAAUUAAAAAAUACAAGCAAAGGGUAUGCUUCAUAUCUCGAUCAAUAUAUGACAAGUGGUACACCUUAUAUCAAAGGUCUUUAUUAUCCAAUAAAUGAACGACCGAAAGGUAUUAAAAAAGAUGAAAUUAUUAAAUUAAUUCGACAAGCUUCACAACUUAUUUUACAAGGUUUUUCAUUACCAGUCAAUCCUCAUGAUAAUCUUGCACGUGAUGGACAAUUAUUUGUUGAAAUGUGUGAAAAAGAUAAAGAAUUCUGUUCUUUAGUUACAACAAGAACGGCGGAUAAAGCAUUUGAUUGUUUCCAUAUGUGGAUAGAAGACUUUGUGCACGAAUAUCGUCAAUGGCAAUUAGGAGGUUUUGUUGAAAAUGGUAACAACAUUAGUUGUCCUUUUAAUCAUUCAUUAUUAAAUCAAUUAAGAAAAAAGUAUGGAAUUAAACACAACCACUGA